AUGAAGAUGACCCGGAAAAGAGCGCGCGCGAGGCCUUACCAAUUGAAGACUUCUUCGAGACGGGGCCAGUGGGAGCUUGCAGACCCCAAGCAAGUUUUGUUUCCUCCCGGAGUCAACCAGCGAGCAGCGACGAUGACGUCUUCCUCAGGCCACCGCUCUGGGAAGACAUCACCUCGAGUAUCCAGAAGCUGGACCCGGAGAACGCGGACAUGCUCGGCUCCCAGUCGACGCUUUCCGCUGCUUCCUCGACCUCUCACGUCAAAAUGGAGACCGAGGACGUGA